AUGAGCGGCGGGCGCCCGCCGAAUGCGCUCGAGCGCAAGCUGCACCAGGCGGCAGUAGGGAGCGCUAACCAUACCUUAAGCCAGAAAGAAGUCGACGCGCUCGCCCCCGAUGCCAGCGCGCGCGUCAGCGCGAUCAACUUUCUCCUGGGGACGGGCAUGCUAAGGCUGAUGAAGGACGGGAAGGGGAACAAUGUCUAUCGCGCGGUGUUGAAGAAGGAGUUGGAGGUGAAAAAGGACAUGUCGGGCGAGGAGGCUAUGGUAUUGGGCCAUAUCCAAGCUGCGGGGAAUGAAGGGAUAUGGACGAAGCACAUCAAGGCCAAGACGGAGCUGCACCAAACCGUGCUGGAUCGGUGCCUCAAGUCGCUCGUGCAGAAGCACCUCAUCAAGGCCGUCAAAUCCGUCAAAUACCCCACGCGCAAGAUCUACAUGCUCGCGCACCUCGAGCCGAGCGUUGAGCUCACCGGCGGGCCGUGGUACACCGACAACGAGCUGGACACGGAGUUCAUCAAGCUGCUCUGUACCGCGUGCCUGCGCUUCAUUCGGGACCGAAGCCUCCCGAAGACAAAAUCGUCGUCGUCUUCUGCGCACAGCCAGCCGCUCUACCCGAUCUCGAACGCGCCGAGCUACCCGAACGUGAGUCAGAUCCAGGCGUGGCUGAGCAAGAGCAAGAUCACAGAGACGCAGCUCACGGUGGAGCACGUCGAGACGCUGCUGAACGUGCUGGUACUGGACGGAGAGGUGGAGAAGCUGCCGGCGUUUGGCGGCGCCCUGUGGGAGUCGAACGCGGACAAUCUGAAGGAAGAUGGCAGUGGGAGUGAGAGCGAGAGCGAGGACGAGGUCAAGAAGAAGAAGCGGAAACGCAAGGGGAAGGACAGGGAUGAGGACUCGGGCAGGAAGCGCAAGAAGAAGCGGGCGGAUACCGAGUCUGACUCGGAUGAAGAUUCGGAGGGUGAGUCGAAGAAGAGGAAAAAGAGAAAGAAGAGAAGAGUCGAGGAUACUGAUGAGAGCGAGAGCGAGAGCGAAACGGAGAGGGAGCGGAGGAAACGGAAGAAGAAGCGGAAAGCGGAGAGCGACAGCGAUAGCGAGGAUGAAAGCGAGGCCGAGAAGACGAAAAAGAAACGCAAGAAGAAGAAGAAACGACGAGAUGAGUCCGACACCGAGUCCGAGUCCGACGGCUCCGACUCAGAUUCGGGCUCGAAGAAACGCAAAAGAUCCCGCUCAAACACCAAGACGCGAAAACGCUCUUCUUCCCCCGCCGUCGAUCUUCACGCAGUAGACGACGAGCUGACCGGCGGCGCAUAUGUAUACCGCGCGGUCAAACAGGAGCGGCUGUCGCUGGGCCUGGGCCAGGCGCCGUGUGGGCGGUGCCCGACGUUUGAUUUUUGCAAGACCGGGGGACCCGUGAACCCCCAGGAAUGCGUGUAUUAUACUGAAUGGCUGGGGAGGGGCACUGUCAGCGCGGAGGGCAACGUGUAGUGUAUUUGUAGGGUUCUCAAAGCGUCGUAGUCAGGGUGUAGUACAUGUUUGUCAAAGAGUUGUAUGGGUAAACCCUAACCCUAUGCGCA